AGAACACUUUACUUGCAUCAAGAAACAUUAGUUUAAAAACAAGAAACAAUCUAUUGAAGACAAUGGAUGGAGUAUAGCCCUUUAUGAAUGUGAAACUUGGACAGCAUCAACGGAAGAGCGAAAAAGGCUAGAGUCGUUUGAAAUGUAGUGCUACAGAAGAAUUUUAAGGAUAAGUUGGAUGGACAGAGUAACCAAUGUAGAUGUACUGGAAAUAAUAGCAGAAACGAAUGGAUAAGCCAUAUAAUGUCAAACAAAGGAUUGCUAAAACUGAUUAUAGAAAGAAGCGUAGAGGGGAAGACCAAGAUUAGAAUAUAUUCAACAGAUAAUAAAAGACCAAGGAUGCAACUCAUAUGUAGAAAUUAAAAGGAAAGCGGAUAAAAAAGAAGAAUGGAAGAUGGCUGCAAACCAAUCCACGGAUUGAAACUAUAGAGAGAGAGUAGUAUUACACUGUUGAUAAAAAACAAUUAUUAAACUAUUUAUAAAUAGUAUACAAAAUCUACUCUUGUACUAUUAAUUUAAAAAUUAUAAUGUCGAUGAUUGGUUGCUCAUAACAACAAUAAUUUAGUUAAAACAGUGAAAAUAAUUCUAUGAAAUAUCGUAUAGUCCAUUAAUAAUUUAAAUAAAAAUACAAUUAUCUAUCUAUUAAUUCUAAUUAGUUCUCUUGACAUUAAUAAAUUAUUUAUUUUUUUGUUGCAAUGACCGAAAAUGAGUUUUUUUCCGGAGAUGAAUUGUUACAACAUGUAGAACUAAAAGUGAAAUCUUUAAUGAUCAUAAUAUCUGAGAUAAAACAAUCUAGUCUCAAUUAUGAGUUUGAUCCAUCAAUACGUAAUGAUAUUAACGAGUAUAUACAAAUUGUAGAAACAGAUUGUCAGACAAUAAUAAAUGAUAUUAAAAAUAAUUUGUUUUCAAACAAAAUGUAUCAUAAAACUCAAAAUAUUUACGAUGAUAAAAUAUUGCUACCGCCAAUGUGGAUGAUAAAUAAUGAAGACUACUACAAACAAAAAAUGCAAAAAUUUGAGGUUGAAAUCAAUUCUAAAGUUGAUGACGUAACAAAAUCAAUUGGAUCAACUACAGAUAUUUUGAAUGCAUAUUAUAAAGAAAAUCUGGCAUAUUUGAAGAAUAUUGAAAGUGAAAUAAAAGAAAAAGAAAAAAAAAUAAUCAUAAAACGUCAAAAAAUCGACGAAGAAAAUAUUAAAAUAAAAAAACUAGAGGAAAUUUGUGUUGAUAAAAAUAAAAUCAUACUGGGCGCACAAAUUGAAAUUAAAAAGAAACAGUCACAGUUAGAGAAUAUUGAACAAAAAUACAAAAAAGAAUCAAUAGAAUUAGAAAACAAAAGAUUGGAGCAUCAGAAAAAACGAACAAACUUCGAAAUAAUGAAUUCUAUUAUAAAGUAUCACAAUGAAGAAACUAAAGAAAAAAUACAAUUUUACAAUGACAAUAUCAUCCGACCACUUGAAUUUAAAUUAGAAAAAUGUAUUUCACUGGUCGACUAUGAAAAAAAUAAAAUUGACAACAUAAACACCAGUGUAAUAGAGUUUUCUCCGGAGUUUAAAGAGAAAAUUGAGGAUGCUAAAUCAGAAAUCGAACAACUAGAUAAAACUAUAAGUGUGCAGUAUGGGACAGUGGCCAGUCUAGAAGAAGACUAUAAAACUAUUCAAUUGAAUGUUAUACGCCAAACGGAAAUAAAUUCAAUUAAAGCGAAAAAGUUCAUUGAUAAUUUUGGAGCUAUUUCCAACUAUUGGAUGAAAAUGUUAAAUGUUCUUGAAAUGAGAGAAAAAAAUAAACUUUUGGAUAGCAAGGUAUUUCAAAAACGGUACGAGAUAAAGAAAAAAAGAGAGGAAUGUUUAAAAAGAGAAAAAGGAUUGAUGUCACAGUUAGAUGAAUUAAAAGAAUUGGUCCGUCAACAAGUAACAUAUAAUAAACGGUUGUCUCAGCAGUAUAAUCAGCUGAUAAACAAAUAA